AUGGCGUGUGUGGGUGUUAUCGAAACAAAUACCACCUUCUGUCCCAGUGACCCCAGUAUGACUGAUAUGAGCACGGGCCUGAUGACAGGACACUGUUACUGCACCAGUCUUCUUGAGAUGGGCUCCCUCUUGAUUUGUUUGCACCAAAUGAACUACUACGACGACGCCAUGGUGAAACACCUUAGCAAAGCUUGCUCGCGGUCCCACCCAAACAUCACGGUAGAUGGCCAAUUCUUCGACGCUGUUUACGACAAUGCAUUGAAUUACGCAAUUACCCCAGCACCGGAUAUGGAUCCUACGCUUACUUGCUCCACCCCUAUUAGAGUUCGGGCAGAACCGGUACGCAUAUACUACCAGUCCUACUACAACAGAUUUUCAAACUUCACGCUUACCCUCAACUUGGGUGCUGGCUUCAUUGCAUUAUUUACUGCCUAUAUGAUUGUUUCAGGAAUGAGCAAUUGGGCUUUAAUCAUUUUUCCGGGGCUUAUCAAGAAGACCAAUGGCCCUAGAGUCCAGAAGUUAAGAGCCUUAUUUUCCUUGUCUGCCACCUUUAAAAAAGACAGAACCGUGCCUAUGAAGCUCGGAGGAUAUCUUUUUGGAUAUAUCCCCACACGUCUGGAAACCAUUGUCAUCACCUUUCUCUGGCUUUACAUGAUUUUUGCGUGUAGUUUUCGUUUUCGCCACGUUAGGGGGAACCCGAUGUGGAACAUGAAAAUGGGUGAAAUCGGGAGACAGGUCGUAGACAGAUCCGGGGUUUUGGCUCUUUUCGUUUACCCAUUCAUGAUUUUGUUCGCUGGGAGAAACAAUAUAUUGGUUUAUGUGACUCGAUGGAAUUACUCCAGAUUCAACACCUAUCACAGACAUAUGUCGAGAAUCUUUUUUACCUUGUCUCUUACGCACAGUGUGGGGAUGGUAAUCGCUUCAUUUGGUAUCUCGAGCACCACGUAUAGGUACCGGAUGUCCCAGGCGUACAUUCUUUGGGGUCUUUUUGGUACGGUAUUUGCCGGUUUUAUCCUUAUCCAGAGUAUGCUUAUCUUGAGGAGGAGAUCAUACGAACUGUUUUUGGCCGUGCAUAUCUUUUUCGCUAUCAUUGUUUUGGUUAGUGUGCAUUGCCAUAUCGAUUCGCUUGGUUACGGGGGAUUCACCUGGACGGUGAUGGGUCUUUGGGUGCUUGACAGAGUGAUACGAUUGUAUCGUAUUUCCAGAUUUGGUAUCCAGACCGCUACGGUUGCAAUUAUCUCAGGGGAUACAUUGAAGGUGACGGUCCCAAAACCAGCCAAUUGGGGCGGCAAGCCGGGCCAAUAUGCCUUUGUUUCCUUCAUUAUGCCCUCUUGUUUCUGGCAAUCGCACCCAUUUACGAUGAUCACCGAGAACGACAAGCUAAUCAGUUUUACCAUCCUGAUCAAGGGCGGCGUGACCCAUGGUGUUUUCAAGCACAUUUCGUCCAUGCCAGGGCGUGUCGCCAACAUUAAGGUCGCCAUUGAAGGUCCUUACGGAUUUUCCUCCCCAACUCAAACCUAUUCCCAAUCAUUAUUGUUAGCUUCCGGAAACGGCAUCCCUGGGUUGUAUGACCACGCAAUGAUGUCAAGCAAAAGCGGGGCCCACCAUUCGGUGAAGUUGAUCUGGAUCAUUAGGGACUAUCUGUCAAUCACGUGGAUGCAAGAAGAGAUGUCGAAAUUGAGGAGGACAAAGGUCGAAACGGUGAUAUAUGUGACAAGGCCAAUAGAUUCACCUGAGUAUAUCGAAGACUUUUCAAGCUCAAAUACGCUUACCUCUACCCUCCGGGGGUCAAUUGUCUCAGAUUCCAGUGCGGAAUCUAUUGACUCUUACUACCUCGGUUCUGAGUCUGAUGCUGGCACUACUUACUCAGUCGAGAGAGAUACAGAGAAAAAAGAAGAUAUUUAUCCGUACCCAGAACCAGUGUUAUCACGGGCGGAAAGAGCUAGGAGACAAUUGCCACACGUUUGCUUCAAAGAAGGGAGGCCUGAUAUUGACGCGUUGGUGAAGGAGGAAAUUGAACAAGCUAACGGUUCUUUGGCCGUUGUCACCUGUGGGAUUGCCAAUAUGGUGGAUUCUGUCAGAUAUGCCUUGGUGAAUAACUUGGAUAAGUCGCUGCACCGGGUUGAUUAUUUUGAGGAGCUACAGACUUGGGCAUAA